CUCCACCGGCACACUGGCCUGCGUAAUCUCGACAGGCCUGUGUGGCAACUCGCGCUGCGAGUGCGUCGUCAGCCGGCGAUCCAGGAGUCGCCAGCAGUUGUGAGAUUGAUUUCUACCCGUGCACUCCGGCGUGGUGAUCUAGUUGUGGUCCUUGAGCUUUACCGUCCUUUUCUGACGGUAAAGGUCCUAAUCAUAUCUCGCGUCUGCCUGUAAAAAUGCAACAGGUGUGACGCCCUCCGCCUUUGUUUCCGAAACGAGGUGAAUGUCGUUCGUCAAUUGGCGAUUUGGGAACCGACGUGUGCUCGAUUAGGGUUGAUUUGCAGCACGAAUUCCUGCAGAUAAAGGUUUUGUGAGCUCACAUGUUGGAACUCACAAGAGAUUUUCAUUUUUUUGCCUUGAAAUUCUACACAUUCUGUAUUUCACGUAGAUAUGUUCAUUAGAUAGUGCGCUUGUUGUGGGGGUGUCGCAACUCGAUUGCAUAUCACCAAUUGCGGAUAUCACUUUUCAUUUCAAUCCUCCUCUCCCCUCCGAGGGUUCCUGGCAUCAGCUGGAGUUCAACGGCUUGUCCUCUUGAUCUUGCACAGGGUUACACACGACGCCAUCGUGAGGUUCGAAAGGUUUCAAGUUCUAUACAUCCGUGUUUAUUUGAGAUUAAGCGAAGUAGCAUUCUUCUGUCACUGUGUGCGAAGGCCUCGUCUUCGGGGAAUGUAUGCCAAUCUUCUGAUUUGAGAAGACUAUUCUAGUUCUUGCUAGCGACUUCUUGUGUCUGGUGAUUGCGGAUAUCAACGCUGGCAACCCUCGGAGAGAAGUUUUUUCUACUUACAACCCCAGGUUCGAUUCAGUGGACACCACGGCUUUGCAAAGCGAACAUCGCGCCCGUAUGAGUGAAGAUUUCUACCCCACGGGAAACCAAUUGUCCCGCUCUAUCUCGUCUUCCCCUUCCUUGCACGGCGGCCGGGGGGCCACCCCCAGUGAAGGCGGUCGACCCUCUGACCUUUCUGCUCUUGCUGGGGGAGGUCGUCACUCCAACUUUCACCUCUGUGCCGCUCCUUAGAGGGUUGCGACAGUCAGUGUUUUCUUUUCCACCAGCAGUAAAGGGUUAGUAGACCUUAAAGAUAGCGAAGAUGUUGACCAUCAAGAGAGUGGAGACUGUGGUUUCAAUGCACCAGCAGCUGGAGCAAGUUCCUGGAUGUGGCCGAGACUGUCUUGGGACCUGUUGCAUUCCUGGAGCAAAGUUACCGCUCUACGCUUUUGGUGUAAGGCAAUCUUCGGGUUCGAACAAGAGGGCGCACACUGGCAGUGACGACCACUGUGUACCCGAUAGUGUCAAAGAAUCGGACGUCUCUCCGCAGGAGAAUUACUUCCUCGAUGAAUUGCUCCUCGCACAGUGGGAGGAUCGUAUGGCUCGUGGACUUUUCCGUUAUGACGUGACAGCCUGCGAGACUAAGAUGCUUCCAGGAGAUUGUGGUUUUAUUGCACAACUGAACGAAGGCAGACACUUGCAGAAACGGCCAACGGAGUUUCGUAUUGAUCAAGUACUCCAGCCAUUUGAUCCGAAGAAGUUUAAUUUCACUAAGGUUGGCCAAGAGGAGGUUCUGUUUCAAUUCAUGCCAAACGACAGUGAUAUGAGCGAGUACUAUGAGAAAGCUACAGUGUCAAGCAGUCCCAAUGUGGUUGCUAUCAAUGUUAGUCCAAUCGAAUAUGGACAUAUUCUGUUGGUUCCCCGUGUAUUGGAUCGCCUGCCGCAACGAAUUGAUCAGGAAUCAUUCUUACUAGCUUUGUACAUGGCAGCGGAGGCAAAUAAUCCUUACUUUCGUUUGGGCUACAACAGCCUUGGUGCAUUUGCUACAAUCAACCACUUGCAUUUUCAGGCAUAUUACUUGGCUGCCCCCUUUCCCAUUGAAAGAGCACCCGCUACUAGAGUGUCUUACGGCAGGAAGAAGAGUGGUGUGAAAGUGUAUGAACUCACGAUGUUCCCAGUCAGAGGUCUUGUGUUCGAGAUGUGCAACAGCAUGGUGGAUCUUUCUAUAGCCGUCGCGAAUGCCUGCAUCUAUCUUCAGAAUGAAAAUAUUCCAUACAACGUGCUAAUCACUGACAGAGGCUCCAGAGUCUUCCUCCUUCCACAGUGCUUUGCUGAACGACAAGCCCGAGGUGAGGUGGACGAAGACAUUUUAGAGACACAGGUAAAUCCUGCGGUGUGGGAAAUUAGCGGCCACAUUGUGCUGAAGCGAAGGAAAGACUAUGACCUUGCCACUGAGGGUUACGCAUGGAGAUUAAUGGCUGAGGUUUCUCUCUCUCAGGAGCGCUUCGAAGAGGUGAAGGCAAAAUGCUUGAAGGCUGCGUUUCAAGUAAUUUCUGUCACCAGUGAUUAUCUGGCAGGGACAUCAAAGAGAGGAUCUUUUGAUUUCAUGGUGAAUGAGGAUAUCCCUGCUAAGGACUAUCUCAAAACCAAUUCGUUGGAUGCUGUUGUUCCGAACCAUGGCGACGACUUGAGUGUAGAAGCUUAAUAAGCAAUAUCAGGUGUUUCAUUGAUGCUGGGCAUGGCUAGGCUUUUGGAUCGGGGGAUAAAUCAUGUUUUUCAGUCAAUGUAUUCAAUAAUUGUCAGUUUGUGGUGACGUAGUCAAUUUUGGACUUUGUUUAGUUCAAACUUGUAUUGUGUAGCAUCAUAUUCGGACUGAGUGUUACUUUUUCUCAGCCAUGUACUUAUCCUUUUGAUAUCUGUGUAUCUCCAAUAGUGAGUCAGGCAAGAUGGAUAUCUAUAAUUUCCGAUUAGCUUUAGAAAAAUCUAUAACUUCUGCAGCUUUGCCCUGCCAGUAAACUGUUGUAGCUUACAUUGGAAUAAACCUUCUAUCUGUCUAAAUCAAAGAUACAUCAAUGAUAGUGCUCAGUAAAUUAUAUAUAUUUACAUAGAUGCGCACACA